UCCAUCCCCUGCACUGCGGAGGGUGGAUGGUGGCACAGCAAUGGCUCUAAUUCCAGACAGGCCGACCAUCCCGUACAGCACUGCCAUCCCGGGAGGACUCCGUCCGCACACGUGGGUGAAGAUGAAGGGCUCGGUGCCGGAGACGAGCGCAGGCUUCCAGGUAAAGUUCAUCUACGGUCAGUACGAAGGGGCCAACGUGGCCUUGCUUUUCCACCCCCGCUUUGAGGGCUCCCCCCACAUCGUCUUCAACAGCUUGGUGGAGAGGAAGUGGGGCCCGGAGGAGCGGAAGGAAAACAGCCCCCUCCGCAGAGGGAAGAGUUUCACGCUGACGUUCACCACCACCGCCAAGGCGUACGAGGUGACGGUGAACGAGCGUCAUCGCUACGAGUUCCGGCACCGCCUCCCGCCGGAGCACGUGCGCUUCCUGGAGGUGGACGGCGACGUGAAGCUGGAGGCCGUCAGCUGGGAAGGGGGCGGCAGCUCCUGGAACCACCUCACAGCGCUGCCCGGUUUGGGGGCCUCCCGCGUGUAUUAGACGGUGCAGCCUUUGGUGCCGGCGGCACCACCCCCCAUGGACCCGCCCGCAAGCAGGCGGCAAACACCGAGGUCGCUGAGCUGGACAAUGUGCAGAAAGCCACCGUGGCGAGGGCCUGAUCCCCGCAGUCCCUGAGUUGAUCCUCACCACCUACUGGAGAAGGAGGGACUGUUCUCCCCACCGGACGGAGCGGGGAGAUUAUCAACAGCGCACAUAGGAGUCAGCUGCCCAGUGACUUUCACUAGGCGCCAUCGGAAAACCUUCCCGGGGGAAACAGCCACACCUUCCCGGGCUCAGCACCCUGCUGGAGGCCAGAUUCCCCACACAGCCCAGCUCCCGCGUAGGCCUCGCUCUAAGUCAGGCAGAGAUUUGGUGCCAAAGCCGCUUGAGCAUCUGGCAGGGUUGCCAUGGGAGCGUGGAAGUCCGGCCUCGCUUCUGGGUGCUGAGUUGGGCUCUUGUGAAGGUUUGGCCUCACAUGACUUGCCCGAGACCAUCUGGGGAGCUUGGAGCAGAGCUGGGAUUGAACUCACGGUCUCUAGCAGCCUCAGCGUGAGCAUCGCUGGGCAUAUCAGUGACUAAGGUGGUCGCUUGGAGGUGCAGGGGUGUCACCUGCAAACCCGCUGUCAUGUCACCUUCCAAAAUCACACAACGUGCUUUGUCUAGCACAGAGCUUCUCAACCUUUUUCUUUCGAAGGCCUCCCCCCGACAUGUUAUAAAAACUCCAUAGCUCGCCUGUGCCACAACUGGUUUUCUCCAGAUCCAGUUACUCCUGGGGGAAUUCUGUGCCAAACAAUUAAAAAUUCUGCACACAAUAUUUGGAAAUUCUGCAUAUUUGAUUUGUCAGAAUAACACAAUAUAAUCAUGCCAGUUUCAAUUAGUUUGGUAAUUUAUUUCAAAAUAGCUGUCAGCAAGCGUGUCUGUAACUA